AUGCUAAGGGGACUAAAACCUCGCGGCGGCCUUCACCUCUGUAGAAUCUCCAGCAAAACAAUCGCCGUCGAUGGCGUCAUCUCGGCAAAGAAGUGCUCUGGGAUAUCCUCCUGUGGCCUCGCGGUGGCUUCACAGGGGGGGGCUCGCUUCUUCUUCUUCUUCGGGGCAGCUGGUCGUCUGGAAUCAUCCCUACUAGGUCUUUCCGCCUUCGCCGCCGUUCGCUGUCUCUCGCAGAAUGCGGAUUUCCUCUCCGGCGGAUCCGCAGUCGCUUCGCUUCUCACUCCCUUGGCCGAUGAUCGGGAGGAAGCGGCGAGGGAGCCCGGAUAUGUCAACAUCGCGACGCUGGUCGCCGCCAUGUCUCUGCUGUCCAAGGCAUGCGACCUUGUGCAGGGGCAGGCUCUCCACGCCAUGGUCGUGAAGUGGAGCCUCGAUUCGCACACGCCAGUAUGCAAUGGGCUGGUUAAUCUAUACGCCAAGUGCGGGGAGUUCACCUCUGCAGAGUCGGUGUUCGAGCGGGUCGAGCUCAAGGACGUCGUGACAUGGAAUUCCCUCAUCAGUGGUUGCCUCUGCAACGGACUAGAAGACAGAGCGGCCUUCUACUUCAAGGAGAUGAGCAUCUCCAGUGCUCGGCCGGAUCAGGUGACCUUCUCCUGCCUCCUCUCGGCGUGUUCUUACCCGAGGGGUCUACACGCCCUCGGGGAAUCUGUCCAUGGCCGGGUGAUCAGUCUGAGCUACGACUCCCAUUCUUCGGUGGCAAAUUCUCUAGUUUCUUUCUAUUGCAAGUGUUGCGACGUGGAAGCUGCGGAGAAGGUGUUCAGAGGCCGUGCUCUGAAAAGCGUCGUCUCCUGGAAUUCCAUGAUCAAUGGGUUAGUGCAGAACGGGAGACUCGACGAGGCAUUUGAUCUUCUGCAUGAGAUGCAAUCCACGACGCCGAUUCAACCCGACUCUGUGACUGCCAUCGCUUCUCUCCAGCUCUGUGCAGAGUUCUCCCUGUUGAGCGAAGGUAUGUCUGUCCAUGGAUUCACAGUUCGCAGAGGGUUCGAAGCCCUGAAUCUCUGUGUCACAAACAGCUUAAUUGCAAUGUAUAUCAAGUGCAAGUACCUGAGAUCUGCGGAGAUUUUGUUCAGCACCAUGCCUCGUAGAGAUAUCAUUUCUUGGAACACGAUGAUCUCUGGGUACUCGCACAUCCGAUGCUUGAAGAAAGAAUCCUGGAGCAUGUUUCGCGACUUGCUUCGAACGGGUCUGAGAUGCAGCAUUGGGACUUUCCUGGGUGUUGCUCCCUCCUUCAGCUCCCCCGAAGACCUCUUCUUUGGGAAAUCUGUCCAUGGCUGGAUGCUCAGGUGUGGAUUCCCAGAGACUGUCUCAGCUGUCAAUGCCCUCAUGCUAAUGUACAUAAAUUGUGGGGACUUGCCGUCUUCCUCCUCACUGUUUGAAGGUGGGUUGACUCAAUCAGAUGUCGUCUCUUGGAACUCUGUUAUUGUGGGCUGCGUGCAGAAUGAGCAUUACAGAGACGCCUUGGGAACUUUCCUCAUGAUGCUGCAGCAAUCCCACCCGAAGCCCGACCCCAUCACCCUAGUAAGUGUCUUCUCGGCAUGCGGCCUUCUUGAGCUCCUGUGCUUUGGGAGGUGCCUCCAUGGAUUCACCCUAAAGCUGCCAGUGGGUUAUCAUCUUCGUGUCAGGAACGCACUGAUAACCAUGUAUUCUCGCUGCGGGGACAUAGAGAGCUCAGAAUCAGCGUUCCAGGACAGUAAAGUGAGGAACCUAUGCUCAUGGAACUGCAUGAUAUCUGGUUAUGUGCAGAGCAGAGAAAGCAAGAAGGCCUUGGAGGUUUUCCUAAACAUGGGCGAUGAGCGCCCUGAUGCAAUCACUGUUGUUGGCUUACUCUGUGCUUGUGCGCACUUGGGGCCCCUCAGGCUCGGGAGGGACAUUCAUGGAUAUGCCCUCCGGCAUGGACUCAACAGCAAUGGUUAUGUGUCUGCUGCACUCAUCGAUAUGUACAGCAAGUGUGGAUGGCUGGAGGCUGCCAUUCGGGUCUUUCAAAAUUCAGAUGAGAAAUCUGUGGCUUAUUGGAAUUCGAUGAUCUUGGCCUAUGGUUUCCAUGGCCAUGGUAGGGAGGCCAUCAGGCUGUUCUCUGAGAUGCGGGGGACAGGCAUCGCACCUAAUAAGAGCACCUUCAUCAGUGUUUUAUCGGCUUGCAGCCACUCUGGCUUAGUUGACGAAGGUUGGGAGCAUUUCAAGCUAAUGCCUGAAUACAGGAUUGAACCAGCCACCGAGCAUUGUGUUUGCAUGGUGGAUAUGCUAGGCCGGGCUGGGAGGCUCAGUGAGGCUUAUGAAUUCAUCAGACAUGUGCCGAGGAGGCCUGAAUCAGGGAUAUGGGGAGCUCUUUUGAGUGCCUGCAAGGAUCAUGCUAAUCUUGAGAUGGGGAAGUUGAUUGCAGAGUAUCUCUUCCACUGCGAGCCUGAAAAUGUGGGCUACUAUGUUUCUCUGUCUAAUUUGUAUGCAGCUUCAGAGAAAUGGAGUGAUGCGAUUAAUGUCAGAAGUCUUAUAGAAGACAGGGGAUUGGUGAAGCCCCCUGGGUGCAGUCUCAUUGACGUGUGUGCCAGGUGA